UUGAUUGGCAACGUUCCGUAUCAAUAGAUUUAAAUAUGCUUCAGUCAGGCUAGGUAUACCACAUCAUUAUAUAUCAAAACUCAUCCCGGUGAUUCUCAAGAAAUAAUUAUAUAUGUAACAAAUUUCAACCAUCAAAAUCAAAGAUAGCUGUCCGGCGUCUAUCUUCUGCAAAAUCAGAAUAUGUAAGUUCCGGUUGGACCGUGGUGGUACCCAUCUGGAAACGUGAAAUAACGAAUAGAUGGCUACAUUUGAUUUUGACAGUUGAAAGUUGCCGUUUAUAAGUUCUUCUUAGAUCAUUUUUGGAAUUAAUAUGCUAAGUCCCAACUUAUCACAUGAUUUAGAAGAAAAAAAGAGAAUAUAUCGGUCUAAAACGAGUAUUGAACCAACCAAAUGCAAGAACCAUUAUACGUGUACGUGAAUUUCGAAUCGUCUGUCAAUCAGAUAAAAUGAUGACGAUACGCAGAAAAAAUGUUCAUAAUGAAGCUCAAGAAUCCACACAGUAAGACAAGCAUACAGAUAUAUUAUAUUUCGAUUCAAUAUUGAAGAUGAUUUGAAAUGACUUAUGACGGCGUUAUGUAAUGCCUUAUUUUGGUAAUUAUGGAUUCAGGGGGAAUUAGCGUUAACACUGGAUGGGGAGAGGCAGCAUAUAGUUGCACAAAUGCGGAUAGUUUUCCUCGUCCAGUACCUGAUACAUGUACGUUUGAUUCCUCGACUUGGUUUGGAGGUUUUCGCCGUCUGCAGUAUGUCCCAGGUUCAACUGACGGCAUCUUUUGUAAAAGAUUAUCUUAUGCCGGUGGAAACGACAACCCGUCUUAUAGGGAAGUCAGUUGUGACAUUUCAUUAAAGUUUUACUGCCGAUUUAUAGAGUCGGGAUAUAACGAGACAUGUGACGUCAACAUACAUUCUUCCUGUGAUACCAGAUUCAUCUGUUCUGACCGUGGUGGUUCUCCCAAGUGUCUGUGCCCUGAGGACAAGUACUUGGAUAAUACAUUAGGAAUUUGUAAGAAAAGGAGAACAUAUGACCAAAGUUGUGACGUCAGCGCAAUCAAUGUCUGUGAAGAACAGCUAUCAUGUCAAGCUGUCGACGGGGCCUAUAAAUGUCUCUGUAAUGCAGAUUGGUACUGGAACCCAACCGAUUACGAAUGUGAUAAAGCUAAGUCAUACGGUCAGGAGUGUGAUGUUAAUAUCGCAGGCGUUUGUCUGGAAAUAAUGGUGUGUCAACGUCUUGGUGAGACGUACAUGUCUUUUUGUUCGUGUGGCGAUCAGCAUUAUUUGAAUGGAGAGACACCGGUAUGUCUACCAGGUAUGAGAUUAACAUGA